GCGUGGCUUCCCUUCCGCUUUGGCGCGAGACACCCGAGCGCACCCCCUUCUUGGGUUGAGAUCGCGCGUGCGAAGUAGGUAGAGCAGAUCUCGAGAUCUCCGCUUUGUUCUCUUCACGAUUUGUGACUCGCUCUACUACAACGACGGUCGAGGACAAAGGAAACGGAGACUAAGAUUUUGAAGCUGUAAGGUGUCUACAUGGCCGUCAGAAGAGGACACAUAAGGUAUUUAAAAGUUUGUGAGGUUCAGAACCAGGGUAAUGACAGAGACUCACACAAGAGUGGCAACUCAGUAAAGCAGGAAGUAUACGACAUGCCGAACGGUUACGAGGACCAAAUGGGCGAUGAGCCGAGUGAUGCGAAAACCAACCUGAUCAUCAACUACUUGCCCCAGAACAUGAGUCAGGAGGAGCUUCGGAGUCUCUUCAGCAGCAUUGGCGAGGUGGAGUCGGCCAAACUCAUAAGAGACAAGAUGGCAGGCCACAGUUUAGGGUACGGAUUUGUUAACUAUGUUAACCCUAAUGAUGCAGAAAGGGCAAUCAAUACACUCAAUGGCCUGAGACUACAGUCUAAAACUAUCAAGGUGUCAUAUGCCAGGCCGAGCUCUGACAGCAUCAAAGAUGCCAACCUGUACAUCAGUGGUUUACCCAAGACCAUGGCACAGAAGGAUGUAGAGGACAUGUUUACCCAGUACGGGCAUAUCAUAAACUCCCGCAUACUGGUCGAUCAGGCCUCGGGUCUGUCUCGUGGAGUUGCAUUCAUCCGUUUCGAUAAGAGGUCUGAAGCGGAGGAAGCCAUCAAGGAUCUUAAUGGAUCCAAACCAGCUGGUGCCUCUGAACCAAUCACAGUGAAGUUUGCUGCCAGUCCAAACCAGACCAAGAAUUCCCAGCUGAUCUCUCAGCUGUACCCCACUCAAUCCCGUCGGUUUGGAGGACCUGUUCAUCACCAGGCGCAGCGCUUCAGGUUUUCACCCAUGAGUGUUGACCACAUGAGCGGCGCCUCCGGGGUGAACGUGUCCGGUAGCUCUUCCUCUGGAUGGUGUAUCUUCAUCUACAACUUGGGUCAGGAUGCAGACGAAGGCUUCCUGUGGCAGAUGUUUGGUCCGUUCGGUGCUGUCACCAAUGUCAAGGUCAUCCGUGACUUUAACACCAACAAAUGCAAAGGGUUUGGGUUUGUUACCAUGACAAAUUACGAAGAGGCCGCAAUGGCCAUCGCCAGCCUGAAUGGAUACCGCAUGGGAGACCGAGUCCUGCAAGUGUCGUUCAAAACCAGCAAGUCUCACAAGUAAAGGGACUAUUUUUUUUUUUCUGUCAUAAAAGAAUCUGAAAGUUAAUUGCUGUUUGUUCUAAAGAUUGCAGUUAUUGUUGACUGUGUCUGCAUAAACAUAAUUCAUACAUCUGUGUUGGGGGUGAAACAAGUUUGUGCUCUCUGGGGUUGAGCAAAAACUAGAAUGUUGCAUUAUUGGUUUUGUCCUUGAUGCCUGGCAUUUGUAAAACCCUGGACAAUGAAAAAAUUUCAGAUAUAAAUCGGACGAUAAUUUUUUUUUUUUAUAUAGUUUUUUCUGUCAUAAAAGAAUCUGAAAGUUAAUUGCUGUUUGUUCUAAAGAUUGCAGUUAUUGUUGACUGUGUCUGCAUAAACAUAAUUCAUACAUCUGUGUUGGGGGUGAAACAAGUUUGUGCUCUCUGGGGUUGAGCAAAAACUAGAAUGUUGCAUUAUUGGUUUUGUCCCUGAUGCCUGGCAUUUGUAAAACCCUGGACAAUGAAAAAAUUUCAGAUAUAAAUCGGACGAUAAUUUUUUUUUUAUAUAGUUUUUUGGGGAUUUUUUGCGCAAACACUGUUACGAUGCUUUAAAGAUACCAUGGCAUUGUUGCUCUUUCCCUUCCUCACACUGGACUUAAUGGUCCCGUUUUCUUCAUUAUAUUAUAACAGGGGUGGCGAACGUCGGUCCUGGAGAGCCGCAGCCCUGCAGAGUUUUGCUUCAACCCUAAUC